GCUAAAACCAUACCAGAAAGAAACCUCUGCUCGCAAGAUAGGUGUAGUUAUGGCUCUUAAGGCUCGACCACCUCAGUGAUGUAGAGGUCAUGUGGAAGAGACAUGCGUCCGAAGUCUUGAAAUAUCUCGACCCAUAACUCAAUUAACGAAAGAGGUCAAAAUUUCGCAACGGGAUCUUUUCUAGGGAUUUUAGAGAUUAUAUUUAGAGGUUCUAAAUUUAACGUUGCAGCCUUAACAUCACAACCCAUACGCUUCACGUCUGGCGCUUUUACGACACGUUUUCGCCAAAGCCAUCGUGUGCAAGCAGCGUUUUGCGGUAGUCGAGCAAAAUCAUUGCCUUUCUCGAGGACACAACUACUGGGUAAGAGCAAAUUGAAUGUUAAGAAAGUUCUUAAUAAAUGGCAGUAUCCAUUCAUUAUCAUCAGUGCUAAAUCAGCGAUAAAUGCUUUAGUGAGUUAUCAGGAAUUAUCUAUAAUUUUGUUUCGUGAUUUUUGGGGCUGAGUUAUUUAUAUAUACGAAGUAUUAUUUAGUCCUUGAAGAAACAAUCAGCCAACCUUCAUUUGUUUGAAACUGCAUUAUUAUUGCGCUGUACUAUCUGAUUCCUGUUUCAAGCGUUUGGGCAUUAUAAAACAGUGAUAUUGGCUUUAGAAAAUGAUUCAGCAGGCGAUUUGUUCAUCAUCAGUAAAACAUUGGCAAAGAAACCGGCACCUCUGAGUGGUGAAGUCAUCGUUUGGCCAUUCCUCCACGUAUUCACAUUCGGGAGAAAUAAAGUCCUCCAUACUUUUGCUUCAUUUCUAGAAAAAAGAAUGAUUGUUGAUUACAGUUGCAAUACUCAUUGCGGCUUUUUAUGUAAAAUUUAGUUGCAGCUGAAAACUUUCAGCGUGAAAAGGGUUCUGUUUAGGGCGAUGGUAUGAAUUGUUCGGAACGUUUGAUGUAGUCUACGGUAGACAAUAGUAUUCACAGAAUCUUUCAUAGCUUUAAGCUUCAGAUCGAAGCUGUCUAUGUGAACAUUAAUCAGUUAACCCGUAAGUUGCAUUUUCGAUCAGUACUGCAGUCAGAUGUCAGGUCUUUCUUGUCCGAUCCCUUGGAUUGAUCAAAAAGAUUCCCUGAUCAUGUUUUUUAGCCUCAUUGAUUCAGCAGUGAUAUGAGAAGGAGACGAAAAUUUUAUUGUAGAAGUUAUUUGAAAUUAGUCUCGCUCUUCAGAUAGCCUGCAGACACAGACGUAUUUCCGGUCGUCGUGGGCUUACUAAGGUGAAAAUUUUCUGACAAAUGGUACUGGCACCGAAAACAGGAAUGAAUCAUAUUUACUGAAUAUAGUUCCCUUCUUAACCUGCGAUCAAGCUUUUUUUUUUGGAAGAGAGUCGGUAAAAAAGACACGAAAGACAUAAUGGAGAUAUAGGGAGGGCAUGAUCGCAAUUGGCAGCCCUUUCGCUCUCUUCACUAAGCUGCCCACGAAAGCACGAAAACAGAACUUCUCACAAUCUAGUGCAUAACACAAUUACUGAGUUUCCUUAAUAUAUUUUGAAAGUCCCCGUGAGGAUAUGAAUCCACGGCCUCCCAAAGACCGGUCGGGGCGAAUGUCCCUCUCGGGGACGUAGAUGUUUUCCUUGACCUGAACUCGUGGCACACAGCGAGAUCACGACUGCAUAUUUUUUCAGAUCAAUGCGCGGUUAUUUAGAUUUUUUUUACGUCCCAGCUAUGAAGACGAACCUGUUUAUUUUAGCUUGAGAUCGGCGAAUCUUGGGGUCAAUUCAGUAAAACUUUAUCAAAUGUCACCCACAGGGUGGCUAUUCUUAAACUAUAGCUUCACUUGUAAAGGUUUUUUGAAAUUGGCUUAAGGUAAAAGUCAGAGUCACUGACAGAAUAUGAAUCCAUGACCCGGCUGCGAACAUGUCGAGGCAGAUUUCUCUCUUGGGACCCAUGUUGCCCUUGUUCUAAGCUCGUGACACUCUUACAGAACACGCUGUACGUCUUCCUUCUAGAGAGAUUUUGUUUGGAUUGCACGCUUUCAUAAGAGACUAUAAUGUAUUUCAGGUAGGGAUAUAGCCGGAAAAUGUCAGUCCUUAACAAGAGAAUACAAAUUCAGUUACCUAAGAGAUCCUGUUAAGGGUAGUUAUCUCAUGUUGGUGGACUCUUGCCCCAUACUUGCAUUGUGACUUACGAAAAAAAAAAAACGAGAUUUCCCUAUAAGGAUUUAUAUUUGGAUUUGUCACGGUUUAUGAAGACCGUUAAAUUUUUUAGUUAGGAAAAACAUAUCUACAAAAAAACCGUAGAGCUUUUAUUUUUCUGAAUGACACAGAAAACGACUGAGAUACUGUGUUUUCAAGUAGCCCUUAGCCGAUCAACAGAGCCAACAUUAUUUGAAGGGUUAAGCUCUAGACCUUUUCAAUUGUUUGCACGAUUAGCUUGUCUGCCAUACAAAACAGACUUCUAAAUUUAGUUCUUCUAUUAGUGAUUGGGAACAAUGCUCCUUGAGGGUGAACCCAUGCAUUUUUUGAGUUAAAGUCGACUCAGCUUAGACUUGAACCUUUAAUCUCUGGUUGCUGAAUAAGAUUGGGUGUGAAAGAGUUCCUCUGCUCGAAUGAAAAGAAACUCUUUUUCUUAUGGUAUUACGCUGAAAUCACUGUCGGGUUCAUCGAGCUAGGUGUAAACUAAAGAACGCUUGAAAAGCUUUCAAUUGUACAAACUUUGGUUUUUACGAUGUGAGUAAAUGAAAGAGGUAAUGUAUUAUAAGGAGAAAAAGAUCUAAACUUUGCAUUUAUUUACAGCUCUGGAUAAUUUUUUGUUACUUUCUUUCUAGUUUGCUUGGUGAAGACAUCCUGCCCUGGUUUGCUUAAAAACUUCACGCGGUUGUCGGUUUAAGAGAAGCGUUUAGUAAUUUAGACUUUGCCAGAAGACUGGUCUAUACCAAGUCAAUCAUGUAUUCACUACAUGACAUCACAAGCGUUUGCCCAAAAAUUGAACCAGUAGACUCUGACGAAGGUGAAACCAAUGAGCAAGGAGACAUGGAUCGUUUGCAUUCCCAGGCAAAGUCAUCUGUUGAAGAUUUUCCUAUCAAUAACAAUACAGUGCAUGGUAAAGUAAAUGAGUACGAUACCACCUUGAAAGGCGACAGAACCUCUCUUGAGAGACUAUCAACCAACAGCCUGGCACCUUACAAUAACGUAUCUACUACCCAAUCAGGCGAUUUGUUUCCUAGUAAGCACAUUACCGUUACUUACUCAACUGCAAACAAUACGACAGUUUCCAUGGAUACACCUGAAAUACAGAUAGGAAACGCGUUCACAGUGGUUCCAAUUUAUGAGAUCAACGGACGUGAAGGGCAAUAUUAUCCUGUGAGUGCCGCAGAAAAUAGUCAUGAUAUUCAAAAUGGUACCCAGCAUACAUAUAGGAAUAACAACAGCAAGAACAAGACCUAUGGAAAAACAUUCCUUCAACAAAAUGGUGGACCCGAGGGAUUGCCCGCGUACCGGUCGAAUUUUUACGGGAAAAUGCCAUAUGCGCUGGUGGCUUCCAGUGUAGGGCUUUCGCCGUACCAAGGAUUACCAACAUACAGUGGAACCCAUAGAGCUUUAACAGCGCAUGAGAUGGGACUCCAGGUUAAGCCUUGCUGUCAAUGUCCCUGUCACCUACAACUUCCACCACCAUCUCAUAUGGGUGCUGUUGAUAUGAAAAGCCAGCGGCCUUCAGUAAUCAUGGUACCUGCCAAGUUGGAUCAAGCUUUCGUGGGCGCAAACUCGAAGGUAAAGUUGUUUUGUGUAAAUAUUGCAUUGAAUUACAUUUCGUCCCAUGUAAGGUAAUUCUGAUUCCGGAAUUCCGAAAACUAGUUGGAAUCCUGAAUCCUGGGGCGCGAUCCAUUCAACCAAAAUUCCAACAGGUCCAACCGGGAAAAGUUGUCCACCUCAAAAGGUGGACCCGUUUUUUCGGUUGGACCAAACCGAUCCAUUGAGUUUUGGACGAAAUUUUGGUUGAAUGGACGCGCUCCUGGGCUUUUGAAACCGGAAUCCCUCUAACGAUUGGAAUACGGAAUUUUAAGGGCGCGAUCCAUUCAACAAAAAUCUCCGGAAAUUUCGGUCCAAAACUCAAUGGAUCGUUUCGGUCCAAUCGGAAAAGUGUCAAAAAAACUGGUCCACCUUUUGAGGUGGACCACUUUUCCCGGUCGGACCGGUCGAAAUUUUGGUUGAAUGGAUCGCGUCUCUAGCUCCGCUGCCAGGGGCGCGAUCCAUUCAACCAAAAUUUCCGGAAAUUUCGGUUCAAAACUCAAUGGAUCGUUUCGGUCCAACCGGAAAAGUGUCAAAAAAACUGGUCCACCUUUUGAGGUGGACCACUUUUCCCGGUCGGACCGGUCGAAAUUUUGGUUGAAUGGAUCGCGUCUCUAGCUCCGCUGCCAGGGGCGCGAUCCAUUCAACCAAAAUUUCCGGAAAUUUCGGUUCAAAACUCAAUGGAUCGGUUCGGUCCAACCGGAAAAGUUUCGAAAAAACGGGUCCACCUUUUGAGGUGGACCAAUUUUCCCGGUCGGACCGGUUGGAAUUUCAGUUGAAUGGAUCGCGCCCUCAUUCAGAAUCCGAGACGGUCUUGGAUUAUUUUAUAUGGGAUCAUACAUUACUUUUCAUUGCAUUGUUUGUCAUUACAUACCUUGUGAAUUCAGCGGGUUGUUACGUUGGGAUCAUUAUCAGCCUGUGCGUUUAAUGGUUACUGGCAUUCAAAAAAACAAACAAUCAAAAAUCAAAACAGAACUAGUAACCGGUGUGAAAUUCUUUGAAGGUUGAUUCAGAUUCAUCCGACGAUGACGAAGAAGGAAAUGAAGAAAAGUACUUUCGUGUGAAUAUCGAUGGCACAUCAGCAAGGUUCAAAUUAACCCGAGAAGACUGGGAAAGGAUUCCAAUAAAUACCUUCCCAAGCGGUGGCCGACUGUUGAGUGGGGACUGGACAAGAAUCUUCCUUGAAAAAGUUAAAGAAAGCAACCCAUGGUGCAGUUUGCGCUUCAAAAAUAAUCACGUGAGAUCAGAAAACUCGCGCAAAAUCCACUCAGCGGUUUUCUUCAGAGGAGGCGCAGAAUGCAAGCGACCGGAGUGCAAUGUGAAAGUGCGAUUUGUCAUCCAUAAAGAGAAAGGAAAGUAUGUGGAUGUGUCGUAUGUUGGCAACGUGUGUCACAGCAGCCAGCUUGGCGGAGGUGGCGUUGGAAGUGAAAGGAAGAAAAAGCAGGGCCGCCUUACCCGUUAAGCCUCUUUUGUGCAUGAAUAUCUUGAAGCUGGCGUUAAACACUCUUUAUAGUAUCUUUUAUAUUCAGCUUGGGUGCUUACUAAUACCAUCCGGGGGUAGUCCCAUUGAUACGGCUAUAUAGUUAAAAAACGAACACCGGGAACCACAUAACUCAGAACAAGAAUCAGUUGGUACUUCUUUUUGCCGAAUCUCUUCUUCUUUUAAGAUUCUCGUAGUAAACAGGCUGCACUGCAGCCGUAUUUUUGGCGGGCAAGGGUGCUUUUAGUCGCCCAUGCAGUUGUUCUUCGUCUCGUCACGGCGUUGCGUGACGAGACAAAGCAAUUGCCGUGGCCGCCAUCUUUGAGUCUAUAAGAUAAGAAGACUGGGGAGAGUGGAAGUAGAGACCCUUCGGGUAGGAGUUAGGACAAAUGGGAUUUAACUUGGUGGUCAAGCGAGCAGAAAUAUGCGCACACCCAAAGAAAACGCGUGCAACUAGGCUCGUACAAGACGAAUAAGCUAUUUAUUCAUUCAUGGAGUGAUUUUAUUUAACCAGUGAAAUAGAUAGUAGACUACUACGCUGUAUUUGAGGCUCUAAUGACAUCGGUUUCUUUUGAUUAUUUGAAGCUGCUCGGUAAUUGUUAGAUACUUUUUUUAUGGGUUAAGUAAAAUCAUUCUACGGAAGCGAAUAAUCAUAACGAUAUUUAGUUACUUUAAAAUUCUACUGAUAUGAAAAAUAACUUCUUUAAUAUCGUAUUUUAUUUUUAGUUUUGGCUAUAUUGUUUAACGUACGUAGUACGACAUGUCAAUGCUCAAUUCAUCCACUUUCUUGGCCAUGUGACGUAGCACGAUUAUCAGGUCAAGCGCGAAGGUUGCAAUUCAAAGUAAGCGACAAUAGCACGAAAAAGACAGUUGGCUUGUCUUUCAUCCCAUAUGAGGUUUAACCUUUGUCUCCUUUAUCUUAGGUUUCUGCUCCAUUACAUAGCCUUAUUAUUAGUAUUGGCUCGUCACGCUAUGAUUGCUCCCCAAUCAUCGAUGACGAGUCAAAAGCACGUCUGUGGGAGGAUAAAAUGUGAAAGAAAUAGUUCUUCAGUAAAACGACGAGUGCUCUGAGUGCAAAGAGUUUUAGAAAUUUUUUUUUCUUUACUUUCGAACUAACGAAACCGUGAAAACCAGAAAUAUAUCUUGAAUGUUAUUGUUUCAAAAAAAAAACUAAUCAGGCGUGAGAAAACUAAACCGCCAGCAAUAAGGUUAAUAAGCUUGUGGUUUUGUGGCUAGCUCGCAUUUCAUGAUCUUUGUUGUGAUACGUCAUGCCACAAUAAACAGUCCUGAAAUAAACAUUCGUCAAUUUAAAAAAUAAAGUACGAAGAUUGUGGUUACGUGGAACAGGAAUGACGUAUGCGUGGGAGCUUGUUGUGAUUGUAAAUACGACGUUUCGCAUUCAGAAAAAAGACUAGGGUUUUGAUUUCUAGAAUUCACACAUGUGCUUUGAAAGAGUGGAAGGGUGAUUAUUUUUUCUCAUGGUGGUAAGUUCAUUUCUAUAUUCCCAACCAGCUAGGAUUUUUAAUUAACUAAUUUCAAGAGAUUUAAUUACUGCUAGACACCAUAUCGUUUAUUUAGCUUUAUCAUUGUACGUGAUGAAACAUAAAAGUGUAUAUGAUAUUGUUCAAUGUACUAAAAUGUGAAAAGUUUGUUAAAUGUUCUAUUUUUCCAGCGCCGUAGACUUUACCGAGUCAGAGAAUAAGGAUUUACUGAUAUUUUUGUAAAGAAAACAGUUUUGCAUAAGUAAAUCAUUGCCGAUAAAUGACGGUGAAAAGAGAGAAAACUUUUAGUAUUGAUUCUUUCGUUUAUUUAGAAUAUUAUAUUUAUGAUAAGUGUAACUAUUUUUCUAUUGCAUAUCAUUAAAAUCUACUUUCCCAUACCUUUUGCU